AUGUUCAUCAGCCUGACACACGGAAAAAGCCCUGAUUGUCGUCAGGCAAACGCAAAUUUGAAAGAAAGACUGGUCAGAGGGAAAGAAACUGAAAUUUAUAAAGUUUUGUUUUCAGGAAGAUUACAAUUUUGGAGCGUUUCUCAUUGAGAAAGCGUGUUCCCGUUGUCCGAACAACGAAUGCGUAAGAAAUCCUAUUUAUGUGCUGUCGCUAAUUUCGAAACUUCAGAAUUCGUCCUUCAUUUUCAUUCUGCAAAAGCAAGAAUACUUCAGACUGAAGCAUCAUGUUAAGGUUUGUAUUUACAGACACGUCUUGCUCUCACCAUUCCACACAUUUCAGUUCGAUGUUCGCCCGACUUUUCUCGUGCAUACUUCAUUCAAUCAGCUGGUAGCGCUCGAUCACAAACUUAGGGAUGCUCAGCUCGGGAGAAACUCAGUCGGCAUUCAGGUUCUAUUUGUAAACUGUGUUUUAUGCUCAUUAUGGUCUUCUCUGCAGGCUGUUCCCGAAAUGAUCAACGCAUAUGUUGACGCGAUUCCUCCUACCCUGAAUAUUCAAUGUCAAACUGAUUUCAAAGUCGGAAAGAAAGAUACAAACAGUCAGACGAACAUAGUUAUUCUCGUAGAUGCUGAAAGUCAGGUUGAGUUGAAACCGGUGGAUGUCGAUACUCAGACCACUUUCACCCCGGAUAGAGAUGCUGGGCUCGAGGUAAGCCCCACUGUUCCCGAAGUUCAAGAAUCCACGACAUCGCCUAUGAUUCGCAGUGUUGAAGUUCAGCAAGAAAAUAGCGAUGAUGAUAUCGUGGUAAUACAGAUCAUUUUUAAUGUUUCGUAACGACAAAUGUAGUUCAUUGAGGUUCGUCCACGCGAUUGCAACGGCCCGCCACUGAAAGAAGUCAAGGUGGAGCCAAUCGCAGUUGAAGCUGAAAAAGAUGUUGAAAAAGAAACGGAGAGAGAAAUAAAGGAAGAGACGAUCGAGGAGCAAUCUGAACAAAACAUUCACUCGGAGCCCUCUCACUCUCUGGUCGAGACUCUUUCUAACGUUUUGUCUUUCACCGGCCUCACGACACGUUUACCAAAGUCUUAUUCACUGAGCACGUUUUGUUUUCAGCGACUGUACCUGUGAAGAGAGGAAGUAUUACGCAGACACCAGCCAAGAGAAUCCGUCUGGCGAAUGUGGACAUAUGCCAGAAAUGCAUGGAUUUGAAGGACUAUGCUUCUUUGGAGGAUUACUGCAGACAUGUUUUGACGCACGUUUCCGAUAGAAUGCAAGUUCCUUUUAGUUGAGCAUUCCUCUCGCAACAUGGUUUUGCAGCCACCGCUUCAAAUGUAACAUUUGCAUGGACAAGUUCGUCAAUUCGCGUUCUGCCAACUACCAUCUUCAAAUGCAUCACUCGGGACAGUCAGGCGGCGAGACUCCGUCUGCUGCUGAUUCCAUUUCCAAAGAAAUGUAUUUUUCAAAGGACCGAUUCGUUGCACCUAUUAAUUUUCAGCUCCGUCGAGCACCUCGUUGCUUUCAAACGCACCGCCAAUCAGUGCUGGCCUGAAAUCUUCCAAAAUGUAUCAAUCGAGAAGCUCGCCACAAUCGUAAUGCUCACUUGGUUACAAACAAAAACAAUUUGAUCUUGCAGAUAAAAAAGUUCCAAUAA